AUGGGUAUUAUCAAGAAGGUCUUCAAGACCGCCGUUCUCGGUGGCGCCGGCAGCGCAGCAGGAUUCGCAUUCUGGACCAGAAAUUGCUACGCGUACCAACGCCGAUACCUCGCGAAGAAAUACCAAAACACCACCACAACCGCUCACCAACUCUGGACGCCCACCGAACUCAAAAACUCUUCCUACGAUGUCGGGACCCAAAUAACGGACCACUUCGAAGUCGUUUCCAAAACACCAUCUAGUAUCGUCGUGCGCUGCGGCGACUCCCCUUUAAUUACUGGAGUGAGGGACUCGGAUGGGUUAUUCGAAAUGGGUGUGGAUGUGAAGAGGGAGGAGGGUGUUGCGGAAUUUAAGUUGAAAAGCGUUCUUUAUAAGGGGAGUGGAAAGGCCGAUUCGAAGCCCAUGCCGGACCAUAUUGAGUUUUUGCAUCGGCUCUAUACGAAGCUCUGGAUGGAGACUGCGAUGAGCAAUGUGGUGCGGUGA